CUAGCUCCCGCCCGCGAGCUACCCACUCCUCUCCCCUCCGGUCUCUCGUUGGUUUCGUCUCAAGCGGGCCUUAGCGACGGCGGGCGCGCUGGAGGAAGAUGGCGGCUCCGGCCUCAGCGCUGCUGCCGGCUCUGUGACCGCGGCGCUCGCUCCUCUCCUCCACCUCUUGCGCGUUCCCGCGCCCCGUCCCUCCCGGCUGCCCUCCGCCCCCUCCCCUUCCCCUCCGGGGCGCGGGGACCAUGUCGGACUCGGAGGAGGAGGAGAGUCCGGACCGCCAGCUCAAGCUAGCGUUGUUGGGGGACGGCACCUCUGGCAAGACAUCCUUAGCCACACGUUUUGCCCAAGAAACCUUUGGAAAACAGUACAAACAAACUGUGGGACUGGACUUCUUCUUGAAAAGGAUAACAUUGCCAGGAAAUUUGAAUGUUACUCUUCAAGUGUGGGAUAUAGGGGGGCAAACAAUAGGAGGCAAGAUGCUGGAUAAAUAUAUCUAUGGAGCUCAGGGUAUUCUCUUGGUUUAUGAUAUUACGAACAGCCAGAGCUUUGAAAAUUUAGAAGACUGGUAUAAUGCAGUAAAAAAAGCGAAUGAAGAAUCAGAAACACAGCCACUUGUAGCCUUGGUUGGAAAUAAAAUUGAUUUGGAGCACAUGCGCACAGUGAAAGUUGACAAACACCAACGAUUUUGUCAGGAAAACAAUUUCAGUAGCCAUUUUGUGUCAGCCAAGACAGGCGAUUCUGUCUUCCUAUGUUUUCAGAGAAUUGCUGCUGAUAUCCUUGGCAUCAAAUUAAACAAAGCAGAAAUGGAACAAUCACAGAGAGUGGUGAAGGCGGAUAUUGUCAACUACAUUCAGGAACCUGUGACAAGAACCGUUAAUCCUCCUAGAAGCUCAAUGUGUGCAGUUCAAUGACUAUAUUAUUUUUCUCUGUGUUGAUACCUUUGGCAGCCCUCCUACCUUGACACAGGCUCCAGGAUUGCCAGGAACUUUGUUUUAACAGUGACCAUUGUUGCAAUGCAAGUAAGAGUUCCAAAAAACAUGUUGCACCAUUGUAUGUUGAAAAGCAGCAGGCAGUCUUCUGACUGGCCAGGUUUCAAACAUUAGACCACACACUUUGGAAAAUUAAGAUCUAUAUUCUUUUAAAUUAUGUUUCAAUAAAGCAGAAUAAUUGUGUUUAUACACUUCCUCCUCUCUAUUUGACUGAUACUGGAAUUAAGUUGGAUAAGAAGUCCUGCGUUUUCAAUAAUUUUAAAGACACCACUGCUGUUAGGUAUUUUGCCAAAGCAUUUUAUCUUUUUUAUCCCUUCUGCCUCCUGUGAUCUAAACUGACACUGAGCAAAAUGUAACUUGGAAAAGCUGUUGCUGGAAUAAUGUUGAGCAAGUAAUAUAUUUUAUCUAGGGAUAAUUUGGAAAGUAUUCCAUUGUUAUAUAUAUUUAUAUAUAGUGCAAAAUGUAUAAAUUGUAUCCAGUAAGAAACAGUGCUUGAAAUAAAGCUGUAAUAUGAAAAUA